AUGUUGGACUUGUUCUCGUCUUCUUCCGCCCAUGGCUCUCCUUCUGACGGCCGGAAGAAUGGUACCCAGAAACGCAUUCCUGCCAGUCUCAUGGAGAUGCGUCGUGAAUCGUUGGCAACGUCGGGCAAGUACAAGCUGCCCACAAUCGAAGUAGGAGAGAUUGACAACAGUCUCUUUGGUAUGACACAACAAGGAAGGAACACUUUGGGCAACAACACUCACAGCAGUACAGUCGACGCCUUGGUGACACCCAGGAGGCAAGGUCCCAAAUCGAUCAAGUUGGCAUUGGAUCAAGCCACCUCGUUUCUGCAGAGGCACAGCAGUCCGCUGCUUGCAGAUUUGGAGAAUGAAAUCGAUGACAGUCCAAGACAACAAUCGUCUGGUGGCAGCUUGCGUGGAUCGCGUACCACUACGGACGGUGCCACCGACAUGCAGUCUCUAAUGCGGACCGGGUUGGCCACUCCACGUCGUACGGAACAACGCAGUCUGGCGGUCAAGCCGGAUGCCUUGUUGAUGCCAUCCGUAUCUUCGAAUCACUCCAAGAGAGUUUCCAAGAUGCGUUCCAAGUCCGGUGAUGGCAGUAGUCCUCAUAGUAAUGGAAGUGAACGACGUCGUCGCCCCGUUCGUCGCAGCAAGAGUGUCGAUGGAGACCAUGUUGCUCUGGCGACGCCCCGAAGAGGGUCUCGCAAGCCCACCGUUCGUAAACCUGGGAGUUCUCGCAGCCGACGACCCGAGGAGGAGCCAGUGGUGGAUGUGGUGGAUUCCUCGAAUAAUACAUCGGCUUCGUCCUGGGACAGCUUUGCCAAUGGUUCCACUACUGGCAACAGCAGCAACAUCCAGAAGAAGUGCCAACCAAAAGAAUGGCUCUGCACUUGUGGAGAGACCAAUGAAGGGGAACAGAACUUUUGUGGCAUGUGUGGCUCAAGUCAGCGAUGGGAGUGCUCGGACUGCGACUUUAAAAACAAAUGCAAGUUCCGCUUUUGCGGAAUGUGCGGAAUUGCAAAGAAGGCAAAGGGCGAGCUCCAGUAA